AUGUCAGAAUUCAAAAUCCUUGACGUGGAGGUUGCAGAUGCAGAAUGCCUUGCUCGGGACGUUGACGUUCCUGCGAAUCGAAAUGGCCCCUUGUGCAAAGCCAUGUUCCCCCGUUUCAACAGCCUGCAAAAAGAGCAGUUAGAUCAGAUUAUUCGUUUUUAUACCGACAUUUAUGAAGAUGCAUUUUACGACCGGCGGGAAAGUUUUCUCAAAGUCUGCACUUUCGAUAAACGACCUGUUGGAUUUUGUGGAUGGGCCAUUGAACGGCCCCGUGAGCAGCAAGCUCAAACGAACAAAAGGCAGCCCGGUAUGAAACGUAUUGAUUCAAAAAAGCGGAGGGAAAACGCCUGCGAGCCGGAGAUCUUAGAUGUUUACGCCUGGCUCUCGCUAUCAAAACGACUAAGGGCAGAGCGUAAACGGGUCCUGAAGGACUUCAGUGAGAUAUGCCGUAAGUCGGUCGAUUAUUUCGAGCUGGUAUGGCUUAUUGACAAUUAUUUCACAGGAAUAACGAUCAUGUCAGUCAGGCCCAACUAUCAACGCCGAGGGAUCGGCUCAAUGAUGAUGCGGCGGAUUUGUGAAGACGCCGAUAUACGUGGAUGGCAUACGUUUGUGUUGGGGUCGCCGGAAGGUGUCCAGCUAUAUACAAAGUUUGGAUUCACCAUUGUCGGUGGGGUGUAUACACCAAAUGGCACAUUAACAAGCAUGCUUCGACCACCUCAACGGGCGGAUGAUGUGCUUUGA